AUGCCUCGUCACAGGAAACAUUCCAACGCUUCCUCGACGUCCUCCCUGCCGGACCGGAAUCAGGAGCUUGAGAGUAUGUCAUGUUUACUGCAUCGCUUCGUCAAGGAUGAAUGGCGCGUUCUAUCAUCACAAACAAUCGGUGUCGAAUUCUCCUCCAAAAUCGUCAAAAUCGGCACCGGCUCCCGGCGCAAACGCAUAAAACUUCAACUCUGGGAUACGGCGGGCACAGAACGUUUUCGCUCGGUAUCAAGAUCGUAUUAUCGGGGAGCUGCGGGGGCGGUGUUAGUAUAUGACGUUUCAUCUUACACGUCUUUCGCGGCACUGUCGACCUUUUUGAUGGAUGCAAGGGCGUUGGCGUCGCCGAACCUAACGACUAUAUUGGCGGGAAAUAAGGUGGAUUUAUUGGCCGAUGAUGAUCAGACUGAGAUCGUAGACACCGAGGACGAGGACGUGCCGUCGUCAAUGUCGAUUGCGAAUAGCGUGUCGAGUAGCAAGAACUCGUCUUCGUACAUGUUCGAUGGUAUUGUCCGAAAGGGAGGAGCAGGCUCCUUACGCUCCGUGACAAGCACAAAUUUCGCAGCCGGUACGAGGCUAACGGCAACAACAAACUCGCACGGUCGACAGGUCAGUGACCUCGAAGCUAUCGAAUGGGCGACUAGGUCCAACAUCCCCGUCGCUGUUGAAGUGUCUGCGUUUUCUGGUCAGAAUGUUGAUGAGUUGUUUACUCGUCUUGCAAGGAUUAUCCUUACCAAAAUCGAACUGGGUGAGAUUGAUCCGGAUGAUCCGCAGAGUGGGAUUCAGUAUGGUGAUUCGGGGGCGUGGGGAACGACGAUGAGUGAUGCAGCGAGCGUGAGGAGUGGGUUGACUGUUGAUGAUAGUGCUAGUCAACUUCACGGUAGGAGGAAGCGGGGCGGGAGACGAAAUAAUAAUAAUAAUAGUAAUAAUUCGUGGGGAGAAUGGGGGGAUGUUUUUCGAAUACAGGGUUCGACUCGAGGGGGGUGUUGCUGA